GUUGUCAUUUUCGUCAUUCAUACAGGUUGGAGAGACAGUACACUACAAUAUGACAUUUCGUUUUUUUAUUGUUUGCCUGUUUUCUUCAAAGUGUUUGUAAUACGUUUUAGAUGGUUGACUGUAUUAGUAUCGGACAACAUUUGCGUAUUUGGGGCUAGCAGUGCUAAACAACAAAGUUGGACAGGUAUCAAAACAGAGCUAUCCUAGCUAGCUCGUACAGUAGUAUCUGCUUUCUCUUGACUGACUGCAGUUGGUCUGUGUCACUGUCACUUGGGUACUCAGCAUUGUCAUUGGUGCUAAUGGUGCGGCUGUGACGCUAGAGGAACCGUGACGCUGUUUCUGGAGUUCCUGCCAUGGAGUUAGCCCAUAGUCUCCUCCUCAAUGAAGAUGCCCUUGCUCAGAUCACAGAGGCGAAACGCCCCGUGUUCAUCUUCGAAUGGCUCCGCUUCCUGGAUAAGGUUCUUGUUGCAGCAAAUAAGGUUGACGUGAAAGAGAAACAGAAAAAGCUCGUGGAGCAGUUGACAGGAUUGAUCAGCAGCGCGCCUGGACCCCCAACGAGGAAACUGCUGGCCAAAAACCUAGCAACCCUCUACAGCAUCGGUGACACCUUCACUGUCUUCCAAACACUGGACAAAUGUAAUGACAUCAUCAAAAGCAAGGAUGACACUCCUGCCUACUUGCCCACUAAACUUGCUGCAGUGGCCUGUGUUGGGGCCUUCUAUGAGAAGAUGGGUCGAAUGCUGGGAAGCUCCUUUCCAGACACCAUUAACAAUCUCCUGAAGGCGUUAAAGAGUGCAGAGUCUCAGGGCAGGGGUGAAAUCCUCAUUAGCCUUCAGAAGGUGCUGAAUGGGCUGGGAGGGGCUGCAGCCUCCUGUCACAGAGACAUCUACAAGAACGCCCGCUCCCUCCUCACAGACAGGUCCAUGGCCGUGCGCUGUGCUGUCGCUAAGUGUCUGCUGGAGCUGCAGAAUGAGGCCGUGUUCAUGCGCACCACUGAGCUGGAGAACGUAGCCACGCUCUGCUUCAAGGCCCUGGAGGGCUCCAACUACGGGGUGCGUGUGGCCGUGUCCAAGCUGCUGGGCUCUGUUAUGGCCACAGCCCUGAUGCCCAAGCAAGCAGCAGUGAUGCGUCAGAACGUGAAGCGAGCCUCUCUGGAGGAGGUGCUGGAGCUGCUGGCCACCGGCUUCCUGCGCGGGGGCUCGGGCUUCCUGAAGAGCGGGGGAGAGAUGCUGAAGGGGGGCGGCUCUGUCAGCAGGGAGGUGCGGGUGGGAGUCACUCAGGCCUACGUGGUGUUUGUGACCUCGCUGGGCGGGCAGUGGCUAGAGCGUAACUUUGCCACCUUCCUGUCCCACGUCCUGGACCUGGUGUCCCACCCGCGGGCCACACAGACGCACGUGGAGGCGGUGUACUCCCGGCGCUGCGUCUCCUUCAUGCUGCGCGCCACGCUGGGCGGACUCAUGGGGGAGAAGGCCCAGAUCGCUGCUGGCAAGGAGAUCUGCCAGGCUAUCAGCAAACAGAUGAGGGCUGUGGGUAAGGAGCUAGAUGGGGGGGAAGUAUCACGGUUCAGAGCAUUACAGAAGGCAGUAGUGAGUGACACCAGUGGAGAGAGUAAGGCUGGGGCAGCUGAUGUUUCGGCCAGUCAGCACGUCAUGGUCUGUGCCCUCAAAGAGCUGGGCAGCCUCGUCCAGAGCCUCAGCGCUACGGCCUCACCCCUGAUCCAGGAGCCCUCUGUCGGCCUGUUGGAGACGGUGACCUCGGUGCUGCUGCACCCCAGCAUGGCAGCCCGGCUGGCCGCCGCCUGGUGUCUGCGCUGCGUUGCCGUGGCGCUGCCCUAUCAGCUGACCCCGCUGCUGGAGCGCUGCGCCGAGCGCAUCAACAACCUGAAGAGCUCCCCUGAGGCCGUGAGCGGGUACAGCUUGGCCCUGGCCGCCCUGCUGGGGGGGGUGCAUCAGUGCCCCCUGGGCAUCCCACACUCCAAGGGCAAGCUGGUGGUGAGCAUAGCUGAGGAUCUGCUCCGCACUGCCGCCCAGAACAGCCGUCUGUCCCUGCAGCGCACCCAGGCUGGCUGGCUGCUGCUGGGGGCCCUGAUGACCCUGGGGCCCUCUCUGGUGCGCUACCACCUGCCCAAGAUGCUGCUGCUGUGGAGGAACGUGUUCCCGCGCUCCCAGAAGGAGCUGGAGGCAGAGAAGGCAAGAGGAGACCCCUUCUCCUGGCAGGUCACCCUGGAGGGCCGGGCUGGAGCCCUCUGUGCCAUGCGGAGCUUCGUGGCCCACUGUCCAGAGCUGCUGACAGAGGAUGUGAUCCGCCGGCUGAUGACCCCUGUAGAGUGUGCCAUGACCAUGAUGUCACAUGUCCCUGCCGUCAUCAAGGUCCAUGGAGCUCACCUGAAGGCCAGCGCUGCCAUGGUCAGACUGAGGCUGUACGACAUCCUGGCUCUCCUGCCCCCCAAGACAUACGAAGGCAGCUUCAACGCUCUCCUGAGGGAGCUGGUGGCUGAGUUCACCCUGACAGACAACUCUGCCAACACCACCACCUCCCUGCUGCGUUCACUCUGUCACUACGACGACAGUGUCCUCAUGGGCUCCUGGCUGCAGGAGACCGACCACAAGUGCAUCGAGGAUCAGCUACAGCCCAACAGCGCGUCAGGCAGCGGGGCCCUGGAGCACGACCCCUCCUCCAUCUACCUGAGAGUCCCCGUGGGCGAGGUCAUCCCCGGGCCCCUCCCCCUGGGCGUGUCUGUCAUCGACGCCUCUGUCGCCCUGUUUGGCGUGGUGUUCCCUCACGUCUCCUUCAAGCACAGGCUGCAGAUGCUGGACCACUUUGCAGAGUGUAUAAAGCAGGCCAAGGGUGUUCGCCAGCAGGCGGUCCAGCUGAACAUCUUCACUGCGGUUCUGAGUGCUCUGAAGGGUCUGGCAGAGAACAAGAGCACGCUGGGUCCUGAGGAGGUGAGGAAGUCUGCGUUGGCCCUGGUGAUGGGGGCUCUGGACAACCCCAACCCCAUCCUGCGCUGUGCGGCCGGGGAGGCCCUGGGCAGGAUGGCCCAGGUGGUGGGAGAGGCCACCUUCAUCGCCAGGAUGGCUCAGUACAGCUUCGACAAGCUGAAGUCGGCUCGUGACGUGGUGUCCAGGACAGGUCACUCCCUGGCACUAGGCUGCCUGCAUCGUUACGUGGGCGGGAUCGGCUCAGGGCAGCACCUGAAGACCAGCGUGAGCAUCCUGCUGGCCCUGGCCCAGGACGGCAGCUCCCAUGAGGUCCAGACUUGGGCUCUGCACUCGCUGGCUCUGAUCGUGGACUCCAGUGGGCCCAUGUACCGGGGCUACGUAGAGCCCACUCUGUCCCUGGUGCUCACCCUGCUCCUCAGCGUGCCCCCCUCCCACACCGAGGUGCACCAGUGCCUGGGCCGCUGCCUGGGGGCCCUCAUCACCACCGUGGGCCCCGAGCUGCAGGGUAACGGAGCCACCAUCUCUACUAUCCGCUCGUCCUGUCUGGUGGGCUGUGCCAUCAUGCAGGAUCACUCAGACUCCCUGGUGCAAGCAGCUGCCAUCUCCUGUCUGCAGCAGCUGCACAUGUUCGCCCCCCGCCACGUCAACCUGUCCAGCCUGGUGCCCUGCCUCUGUGUGCACCUGUGCAGCUCUCACCUGCUGCUGCGGCGUGCUGCGGUGGCCUGUCUGAGGCAGCUGGCCCAGAGAGAGGCUCCGGAGGUGUGUGAGUACGCCAUGAGCCUGGCCAGGAAGGCAGGGGACCCCAAGGGCAGCAGCCCCCUCAAGCUGAACAUCACAGAGACUGGUCUGGAGGGCGUCCUGUUCGGCAUGCUGGACCGAGAGACAGACAGGAAGCUGUGCUCCGACAUCCACGACACCCUGGGUCACAUGCUGUCCUCCCUGGCGGUGGAGAAGCUCUCCCAUUGGCUGAAGCUCUGUAAGGACGUCCUGGCUGCCACCACGGAGGUAGGAGGCGCUGUGGUCCCUCUGGACCGCGGGAAGGACGAGGAGGACUCUGAGAAGAAGGAUGAGAUGGACGAUGACAUCAUGUUCACGUCCCUGGGCGAGGAGGACAAGGCCAAGCCGUCGGUGGCGCCCCGCUGGGUGACGCGGGUGUUUGCAGCCGACUGUUUGUGUCGCAUCAUCCUGCUGUGUGAAAACGAUCCCAAGAACCACUUUGACCUGGCUGCUGCCCGUGCUGCCAAGGCCAAGGACCCCAAAGGUGACCUGCUGGUGCUGCACCUGUCUGAUCUGAUCCGCAUGUCCUUCAUGGCUGCCACAGACCACAGCAGCCAGCUGCGCAUGGCCGGCCUGCAGGCCCUGGAGGACAUCAUCAAGAAGUUUGCGUCCGUGCCGGAGCCCGAGUUCCCGGGCCACGUGAUCCUGGAGCAGUACCAGGCCAACGUGGGCGCUGCUCUGAGACCGGCGUUUUCCCCGGACACACCGUCUGACAUCACCGCCAAGGCCUGCCAGGUGUGCAGCACGUGGAUCGGCAGUGGUGUGGUCAGUGACCUGAACGACCUGCGCCGUGUCCACAACCUGCUGGUGUCGUCUCUGGACAAGGUGCUGGCUGGGAAGGGCUCCAGCCAGCUGUACAGCGAGAGCGCCACCACCAUGGAGAAGCUGGCAGUGCUGAAAGCCUGGGCCGAGGUGUAUGUGGUGGCCAUGAAGAUAAAGAAGGAGGCUGAGAGCAUGCCGGCACGGCGGCUACGGGGGGAGGAUGAGGAGGAGGAGGAGGAGGACGAGGGGGCAGGGGUGCUCCCCCCAGACAGCCUGGUCACCCUGGUGCAGCCUGAGCUGGCAGCCCUCAGCAGGCUGUGGUUGGCCAUGCUGCAGGACCACGCCCUGCUCACCCUGCCCGCUGAGUUCUCCUCUCAGCUGCCGCCCGACGGGGGGGCGUUCUACACCCCAGAGACCAUCGACACGGCUCGGCUCCAUUACCGUAGCUCCUGGGCCCCGGUCCUCCACGCUGCCGCCCUCUGGCUCCUCAGCACAGGCUUUGGGGCCAGCGAGGAACCCGGGGGGUCCCCCCUACCCCCCAGGGCCCCUGGAACCCCAGCCCUCACCCAGGCUAGGGCCCCCAGCACCCCAGCCCUCCCCCACCACGAACCCCCCAGUCCCUCCAAGAGCUUUGAUGAGCUGGUCAAGGACCGGAUGCAUCUCAUGCUAGGCGUCAGUAUCGAGUUCCUGUGUUUCCCCCGGCCAGAGGAGCCUCUGGAGCACGUGAUGUCCUGCCUGCUGGCCCUCUGCACACUGCUGGACUCCCCCCUCGCCAAGACACACAUAGCACAGGACCAGCUGCUGGCUGUGGAGCUGCUGAACGUGCUACACAGGCUGUUGCUGACCAGGGACCCCCCUGCGGUCCAGCUGCAGGUGACCGCUGUGGUCCAGGAGACCAUCAGAGCUGCUCUGGACCACCUGCUGGAGCGCCGGCACAGCCAGGGUAAGGAGGAGGGGGAGAAGGACUCCUCGACCCUGGGGGAGGGAGGCGACACUGGGGAGCUGCUCCCGGGGAAGUCCCUGGUGUUUGCUGCUAUGGAGUUGUUGGUGUUCAUCCUGGUGCGCCACCUGCCCCAGCUCAACGCCCGGGUCAGCGAGUCGCCCAACCGCGCGCCCCCGCAGACCCAGCGCCUGCCACCAGAGGGCGCUCGUCUGGUGGCCCACACCGUCUCCAUCCUGGCUGAGCUGCCCUCGCUCUGCUCCCCCGCAGGCAGCAUGACCAUCCUUCCCACCGUAAUGUUCCUGAUCACGGGCGUGCUGAGGGAGACGGCCGUGCGCACGGCUGACGGCUCCGUGCCUCCGCCCGUGUCUGCCGCCCUGCAGGCCAUCAAGAGCAUCCUCACCUCCUCACAGGCACGCGGAGACGCCACACACACGCAGUGGACCAGCCUGGUGAGGAGCAGCCUGGCCUCUGUGUUGGAGUACGCCCAGCCAGAUGAGAGGCGGCCCAACAUGGACCAGGUGAGCAUGCUGACAGCCACCACCCUGUUCCUGCUCUCCUCCAGCGCUGAGCUGGCUGGGGUCUCCGUCCUGCAGAAGGGCUGCUUGGACUUGUUCCACAACGCUCUCAACUCCAGCGACCCCUGGGUCCAGGCCCGGUGCUACCAGCUGCUGCUGUCGGUGUUCCAGCAGUCAAGCAGGGCCGUGUCCACGCCCUACAUCCACGCCCUGGCCCCCGUGGUGGUGGAGAAGCUGAGGGCGGUGGAGCGCUGCCGGCCGGCCAGCCCAGCUGAGCUGCAGGGUGUUCAGGAGGGCGUCAGGGCCCUGGAGGGCCUGGUGGCCAUGGGAGACGAGCAGAACCGAGUGCAGCUCCUGGCUCUGCUUGUUCCCACCCUGAUCUCCUACCUGCUGGACGACAGCGACUUCACCUCAGCUUCCCAGACCUCCAAAGGGCUGCAUGACUUUGCCCUGCAGAACCUGAUGCGGAUCGGACCCCUCUACCCCGCCGCCUUCAAGACUGUGAUUGGAGCAGCCCCUGAGCUGAAGACCCGUCUCGAGGCGGCCAUCCGGUCCAAUCAGGCAAGCAGCAAGGCCAAGGCAGCUGCUAGGCAGGCCCCGCCCACUGCGCAAGCUGCUCCCACGAUCAAGCUGAAGACCAGCUUCUUCUGACCCCAAACUCUCUCUGACUCUCUUCCUGUUUGGUGAUGCUGUAGUUUAGUUUUUUUUUUUUUUUUAUCUGCUGUUGGUUUUGUCAGUCUCCUGUAGUUAUUUAUUCUAGAACAAAAUAUACAUCACUCUGGAGACGAAAGGCAUGUACACUGAAAUAUAAUUUGAAGGCUCUUUUAAUGUUGACUGUAGAGUCAUUUGAAUGUAUGGUCAUGGCAUUUGAAUGUGCUGUUUUGGUUUGAGAUGUGGAAUAUGUAAAGGGGCAUGUCAUCUCAUUAGAUUCUCGUUAUUUGCAUUCCUUCUCGUUAUUCCUAAGCCUAGUUGUUUGGGGCGGGUUAAAAAUGUUAUGAGGUCGUGCUUCAACAUGAACAUGCUCUAGUUGUUGACUAUAAUUAUUUUCCAUGGUAGUAUGCAAUCAUGCGUGUACUUCUUGUUUGUUUAAGAAUGUUUUUACUAUCUCGUGAGAUGAUUCACUGCAUCUAGGUAGCGUCAAACUUCAUGUCUGUUAACCCUCAAGAAUGUUACGUUUUAUCCAUUCCACUACAGCAUGGGAUGUCUCAAUCUCAUUCUGAAAAAUUUGAUUUUCUAAUCAAGAGGUUAAUAAAGAAAUUCUAAUUUCGUCCUCAUGGUUUGUAAAUAUUGUUUAGGAAGGAUUAUUGUUGGGGACCAUUAGUAAAAGAAUCAAGUCGUGAGAAAUACCUUGUUUUGCCGAUGUUAUUAAAAGAUGAAACAACUUAUUUUUUUCGUAUUUUGCUAUGUUGAGUUUAUGUAUAUCUUGCACACAUUCCAAAUUACUUAAUUACUUGUAUUCCGCUAAUAUGAUUAAUACGGGACUAUCUAAUAAAUCUUGCAAAGAGACAUUUGAAAAGAUCAAUAAAGCAAU